AUGUCUCCUGCCGACACAAUCUCAGUCCCAUCACCGGAAUUCCUCUACUUCCGUCAGGCCAGCGUGAGAGAAAAACUCAUCUGCUGGAACCGAAACAGUGCAUCCUGGGGCGGCCUCCUAAACCUGCCCGACUAUCUUGGCCGUGAAACUCUCAACGGCUCACAGCUCAUGACUCGUGAUGGGCAAAUCAAGUAUUGGGUCCUGAGUUCGCUAGACAAACCACCAGCCGAGGGUGAGGAAGAACCGGAUACAAUUUAUGCAGCUUGUGAAACUCUUCAGAAGCCGGUGAUUGUGAAAACUAAGGAUGGAGAUUGUACUGAAGAGAUAAGCUAUGGUAUUGCGAGCGUGUACACGAAUCCUAAGUGUAGACGGAAGGGAGUGGCAAGUGUAUUGUUGGCGAGACUAGCGAAGUGGUUGGAUACGGAAGGUAACUGUAGAGUCAGCGCACUUUACUCAGAUGUUGGCAAGGACUUUUAUGCAGUGCAUGGGGGUUGGAUGCCAUACUCAUCCAAUCAACUCACAGUAUCUAUAUCCCCAUCCGAAACUAAAUAUACGGCUCACACCGAGGUUAAAACGAAGCCUUUACAACGAGCCGACCUGAAACACCUCUGCAAAACUGAUCAAGAUACUCUCAAGUCUCAGUUUCAAUCUCUUGCCCUCCCACCCGACACCCACGCCCGGUUUACCUUCCUCCCCACAUUCGCACAAGCCUGUUGGCAUUUCGGGACGGAGGAAUAUAUCUGCGAGAAAGUACUCGGAAAGUCCCCCAUGGUCAAGGGCGCCCUAGUUGACAACAAUACCUGGUUAUACUGGACUCAUGAUUUCGCCGAAAAAAAACUUGUCGUCCUGAGAGUUGUCGCGUCGGGUGAUAAGGAGGGACUGGUCGCACGCUUGAAAGGACUACUCAGCGCCGCAGAAAAGGAGGCAAGAGAAUGGGAGUUUGGCAAGAUUGUUGCAUGGAGCCCGAUCCGUGAGCUAGUUGAAGCAGCAGAGCUGCUGGAAAAGGAGGAGAGAGGAAUCGCAGUGGAUGUGGCGGACAGAGAGAACGACAGAAAUCUUCUUGGGGGCACUCUUCGACGGAGCAGACGCCGUGGUCAGAUUUGGUCUUUUAGCCCGUAG